AUGGCCACCAUUUCAACAGACUACCACAGGCCAGUCCGAGUCAUGGCUCACUUCGCCCGUCAGCCAACCCCAGACGAGCACCCACCUCCUCCGCCUCUUGUGCCAGCCAUGGCCUCCAACCCGCCCCGGGCGCAGGUCACCAGGAUGUCGACCAUCGAUAUCAUGUCCAACAAACUUGUGGAUUUAAAUCUGGAUUCAUCUGCCCCGGACCCAUUUGAGCAGCGGGCAUCGUGGGAGAGCAGCGGCAAGACACAGCAGCCGCAGAAAUCGGUGCGCAACCCCGACCCGAACGUCCUUUUUGAUGCCGAUUUUGAGGCGGAACACGGCGCCGAAGACGACGAUGAUUUUGGCGAUUUUGAGACGGGGACCCCCGCCACAACGGUGCCGCCGCAGACCGCACCACCGUCGUCCGCUCUCGAUCUCUUAUUGCUAGACUCCGGCCCGGUGCCACCAGCAGCAGUGCCAGCCAAGAAACAGCCUCCGGGGUUGACUCUAUCAAAUGUGGCUCCUAAAGCAAAUGAAGCAUCCUAUCCAAAGGCGCCCAAAUCCCCUUACGGAUCCUUCCAUCAUCGGAAGCCCGAGCCGGUAAAGCAGCUUGAAGUGAAGCCGCCGACCCUGGCAAAGACGGUGCAAGAGUCUGAUGCCGCGUCACCGUCCCUCCGCAGCCGCUUGGCCGCAAGCUGCGCUGGCUCCGCGACAAGUUCCUCGGCCCAGGGCAUGUCCAUCUCCGCCGCCCCCGCGGGUGGUGGUGGCGGCCCUGGGAAGGCGCAGCGGGGGAUGAAGCUGGCCGGGGUGGACAAGGCGCGCGCGGCGCACGACGAGCGGGAGGCGGCCGAGGUGGUGGCGGCGUGGAAGGGGCAGGUGGGGCGGGUGCGGGCUGUGGUAGCAGCAGCAGCAGCAGCAGCCGCCGCCGCCGCUGCCGCUCAGCAGGGCGGUAGUAGUGGGGAUGAGUCGUUGAGGGAAGGGCUGCGGGUGCCCGAGGUGGCGAUGGGGCUGGCGGUGAGCACGGCGAAAGGGGUGCCGACGGCGCCGAGGGCUUAUUGCUGUCACUGCUACCUAGGUGUUGAGUGUGCCACUGCCCGGUACCAUCGACCGGUGCCAUCAUCGCUUAUAUACCCAACGGCGACUUAG